GUAUGCCAUGAGUCAGAAAACGAAGACGUUUUGAAAACAACUGGCUAGUUGACCCAAUUACUCAGGGAAGAAGCCGAAGAGUGGAAUGAAAACACAGUCCUUGUGACUUGUUCCCUGUUGAUCCAAACGAAAACUCAAGCGAACUGGUUUUAGGUAAAAUAUUUUGUAAGUGUUGGUGAAACCUGGUUUAGUCUGUCAAAUAAUUUGUCUUACUUUCAAAGUCUAGCAGGUGAGCUAGCUAAUCUGUAUGUGGCAACUAUUAACUCCAGUAGCUACGCUAGCUAGAUAUCUUAACCUGGCUACUAAUUUAGUUCUAAAGCGUGUCUUGAACUCGUCUACCUGUUCUAUGAAAGCGUUGUUAAACAAAGGAUGACUCCCGUAACUAACUGUAGCUCGCAAUAUAUCAACUUCAAUAAAAGGGUUGUGAAAAGUGUCAGUCCAUGCAGAAGCAAACCCUAAGACUGCUUCAGAGCAGAGCAGCCUCCUGCACUAGUUUUUCUGAAUGAGUAUGUCCUUGGCACAGAGAGUACUCCUCACCUGGAUCUUCUGCCUCAUCUUCCUCAUUAUGCUGGUCCUCAAGUUGGAUGACAAGAUCCAAUGGAGCUGGUUUCUUGUGUUCCUUCCUGUGUGGGCUUUUGACACUAUUCUCCUGCUCAUGCUUAUUGUUAAAAUGGCUGGCCGUUGCAAGCCGGGCUUUGAUCCACGCAACGGAGCAGAGAACCUCAAGAAGCGAGUGUGGUACCUUGUGGCGAUUUUGUUGAAGCUCGCCUUUUGCCUGACGCUGUGUGCUAAGCUGGAACGCCUGACGGACGUCUGGCUGAGUUUUGUUUGUGUUCCGCUCUGGGCACUUCUCAUUGGAGCCAUGGUGGAACUUGGGUACAGUGUCUUCCACUUCCGAAGAGACUGAGCACAUAUAACAUGAAUAACUCAUGAAGAACUGGAUGACACUUAUCUUAAAAUGUGUUCUAACUUAUAUCCUAUCUCAAAGGUUCCUAAUUCUGCCAGUCUCUCAAACCUGCCCUUUUUGAAUUUUAGGAUGAGACAAGCAGAUUUAGGAGAAAUUAUACUAUAUAACACCUCUCUAUUAAAAUAGCACAAAAGCUAUUGCAUAAGAAGUGGGGACAUUCAAAACAUUUGCCUAAGUGAUCGAACAGAGUGGAAUAAUCUUUACGUUGAUUGAAGGCGUGUUGGGGGUUUCAGGUCACAGGUUCUUACCAUGCUUAUGCUUUCUUUGUGAUUCAUGUUAGGUACCUAUUGGGUGUUUUCUGAGUUUUGGUAUGGUUGAGAUUUUCAUCACACUAAAAAGACUGAUCUUCAGUGUAAAUAUGCUGUAUAUUGUUAACUAAUCAGUGUUUAACUAAUGUUAAUUUUGUAAUGGAGUUUAUGGAGUGGGCUUGUUGCUAUUCUUAAUGAUUCAAAUUGGGUUCCCUGUAAACAGCAGAUUCCAGUUCAGGUAACUUGGCAUCAGAUGAAAUGUCAUCCUGGAAGGUAACUGAGGUUACUGGCUAGUGGUGUGUCUGUUGCAUUAAUGAUUCAUGAAUUGGACACUGCUUCUCUUUCUAAUGCAGGCCUGCCUAUAACAAAUAUUUUAUUUUAGAUGUCAGGAGUGGAAUUUUCAGUCUCCCAUGGGACUCGUGCACUGAGCUCUGAAUGGUUCUGUUCAGGUGAUAUGUUAUUUGUGGGAGUGAAAUGAGUUGUACUUGAAAUGUACUCAGUUCAUCCUGGGAGAGGGUUGAAGGUCACUUUGAAGGCUGUGUUUUGUGCAGGUAUGUCAUGUUUGUGGUUCUUGUUGCAAGAACCAAAAACUUGUCAACUGGAGGGAGUUUUGUUUACAAAGGAUCUCUAACUCAGCAAAGACUUUUUAAGUGGCUUGUUUAGAUUGGUUGUGUUCUGGAAUUACACACAAGUACCUUUUAACAUCUAAUGCAUGAUUUGUAAAUAAAAUUAAAUGUUAAACCUGUGGAAAGGAUAUUUGCUCAGUUUCUAUGUUCUACUAAAAUGGGCAGUGUAUAUUACUGUCCCUGUAAAUAUCUUAUAGAUACUGAGAAGGUUAGCUAUUUUUUUCAUUAUUACAUCCUUUUAGUCUUGCUUUGAGACUGCCGCAGGAAUGAGGAUUUGAUGCUGUCCAGACACAGGCUUUGAUAGCUU